GGCGGUUAUAUAUAUGGUGAAUAGCAGUCCUUAGGGAAAGGAUUUUCUUGUGUCUCACUUAAAGAUCUUAAUAUAAAAAGUACCUACUCAUAUUUGACAUCGAAUUGUCGACUUUACCCUAGCUCCUAGUUUGCGCUUUACUUCACAUCGUUUUGUGGAAGUCUAGGAAGCCUUCAUCUAUCUAGGAAUUUUCGUUGUUUUUUCACGUACCUAAAGAUUUAUAGUCAGUCAAACCUCGUUAUCGAAUUAAUCACCUAAAUUUCAGUCCUAUACUACUUAUUUAUUACAAUGGCUCCCGAAAACUACGCCGCGUACCUUGUAAAGGCAGGCGCGAUACCUCUCGAAGUCAAGCCCGCGCCAUACACAGCUCCCGGCCCCGAUGAAAUCGUUGUCAAGAAUGCCGCCCUCGCUAUCAACCCGGUAGACUAUACCAAGCAGCACGGUGGCGACCAAAUGUUCACUUGGAUCACAUACCCGCAUGUUCUUGGAAGUGACGUUGCGGGAGAGGUCGUGGAGGUCGGCAAAGGGGGAAAAGCAGCGCAGUCAUUCAAGCUUGGUGAUCGUGUGGUGGGCUUUGCUGCUAGUUUGGACAAGCGCUCUGCUGGCGCUCCUGAAGGUGCAUUCCAACACUACACGGUACUACGGAGUCACUUGGCAACUAAAAUCCCCGACGACUUAUCAUACGAAAAAGCCUGUGUUCUCCCGAUGAGCAUAUCUACCGCUGCUUGUGGCCUCUUCAUGAAAGAGUACAACGCCUUGGAAUACCCGACAUGGCCGCCUAAGUCUCACGAACAGACACAGAAUGCAGUGUUCAUCGUGUGGGGUGGUUCAAGUAGCGUUGGGUGCAGCGCUAUUCAGCUCGCCAAGGCGGCAGGAUACGAGGUCAUUGCGACGGCAUCGCCGAAGAAUUUCGGGUUAGUAAAGGAGCUGGGCGCUUCGCAUGUCUACGAUUACCAUGACCCCGACACAGUCGCCAUGAUCAUCGCAGCGUUAAAAGACAAGACGUGCGCAGGCGCUAUCGCGAUCGGCAUCGGCUCUCUAGAAGCGUGCAUCGACAUCCUAGCCGCGGUCCCGGGCAACGGGCGGAAGUUCGUCGCGCAGACCACCGUUCCGAUCAACCCUGCGACAAUGUCGAAGAACUUCCUGAAGAUGAUGGGGGUGAUGCUGGGCUUUCUGUGGUGGAAUGUUAAGAUCGCGCUGAGCUCGAGGUUCAAGGGCGUGCAGACGAAGUUCAUCUGGGCCCCGGAUGUGAUUGCUGAGGAUGUCGGCAAGAUGAUCUAUCAGGACUUCUUGCCGAAGGCGCUGGCGAGUGGGAAGUAUCUUGUGAAGCCUGAGCCGCAGGUUGUUGGGAAGGGCUUGGAGUUUCUCCAGGAGGCGAUGGAUACGAAUUUGAAGGGGGUCUCUGCGGCGAAGGUUGUGGUUACUCUGUGAUUUGAGAUUUGGUUGAGGUCCCUUGCAUUGUUGGUUAGUAUUUUGGCUUUUUGAUUAGAUUAUACCACCAUUUUUGUUGUUUUUUUGUACAAAUCAACUCACAUGUAUUGCUGUGAUGCACUAUUGUAAGGAGUGCGUGUGAUCUUGCUUACCUACCUGGGACCUACCCGAUAUAUUAUAAAAGAGGUAGGACGAUGAUAUUCAUUGGUUCAUGCAUAACUUCAGAUAUAAAUAGAUGAAAUACGAGACGCUUGUAUGGCGUGUGAGAGAUAUUACGAU